CCCAUGUGACUGAGAGACAGCACGCACGGCCCAGUUUUAUGUUACUCCGGUGUUAUCUGAGCCAAGGAGAAAGAUUUGAAGAUGGAUGACAUAGAUGCAAUGUUCAGCGAAAUGCUGGGAGAGAUGGACCUGCUAACACAGAGUUUAGGAUUGGAAACUCUGCCCCCCGAACUUCCAUCCAGCUCCCAUCAAGAGCGCAACUUCUCCAUCGGUUUCACGGAUUUGAAUGAGUCUCUGAAUGAACUGGAAGACAAAGACUUGGACGCAUUAAUGGCCGACCUAGUGGCAGACCUGAACAAUACAGAGGAGAAGCUGACAGCCAGUAAAAGCACCCCCUCACAGGCCCAGCUGGACCCCCCCAGCCUGCCUCCCCCCCUGAAGGACUGCGCCCCCUCUGCUCUCCCCGCACCCCCUAGCACUAUCAUUCCCACUCCCGCGCCCCCAGCAGCCUCCUUCCAGGCCCCACCACCUCCACAGCCCUCGAAAUCCCUGCCACCGGAAGAGAUUGAAGCACAGGCUAAAUCUGACAAAAUCAAACUGGCCCUGGAAAAGCUGAAAGAGGCCAAAGUCAAAAAGCUGGUGAUUAAAGUCCUCAUGAACGACGGCAGCUCAAAGACCCUGAUGGUGGAUGAGAGGCAGACAGUGCGGGACGUCCUGGACAACCUUUUCGAGAAGACACAUUGCGACUGUGGUGUGGACUGGACUCUGUACGAGACCAACCCUGAGCUGCAGAUAGAAAGAGGAUUUGAAGACCACGAGUAUUUAGUGGAGCCUUUGUCUGCAUGGACACGAGACAGUGAAAACAAAAUUGUUUUUCUGGAGAGGCCGGAUAAGUACGCUGUUUUCAAGAACCCUCAGAACUACUAUCUUUGGAAGAAAGAUAAAAAUGCUCUGAAGGACAUGAAAGACAGAGACAAAGAGUCUCUUUUGGUGGAGAAUUUCUGCAGAGCUUCCAUCAUUGUGCCAGACCUUGAAGGAGCUCUUUUUCUGAAGGAGGAUGGGAAGAAGUCCUGGAAACGUCGAUACUUUCUGCUGCGGGCCUCUGGAAUUUAUUACGUGCCCAAAGGAAAGACUAAGUCCUCGAGUGACCUAGCGUGCUUCAUACAGUUUGACAACGUGAACGUCUACUACGGCAUGGAGUACAAAAACAAGUUCAAAGCACCAACAGAGUUCUGUUUCGUCCUCAAGCACCCUCAGAUCCAGAAGGAGUCCCAGUACAUCAGAUACCUGUGCUGUGACGAUCAGUGGACGAUGACCCUCUGGGUGACCAGCAUCCGAAUUGCCAAGUAUGGCACGACACUGUAUGAAAACUACAAGGCUGCCCUGAGGAAAGCCCCUGGGACUUCGGUAUGGACGAACCGCACUGUUUCCACCCCCUCAGUACCCUCCCCCGCCCCAAAAGCUAAAGCUGCCAAUGGACAUGGUCCCCAGGCCCCAUUACAACCCACACCUGUCACCACUAUCAUUUCUGAGGCUCAGGAUCACCAUGGUAAUGAGGCCACUCCGUCUUCGUGGAGGCCUACAGCUGCCGCAGAAACGGUCCGGCCACCCACGCUGCCUAAUGCUGCUGUGUUCCCGCCGCCCCCGCCGCCAGCCUCCGCCAGCCCUGUGCCCUCACCCAGAAUGGUCAAACGCCCCCCUGCCGGCGCUCAUCAACACUGUGACACCCCUCCUCCCCCACCCCCAGAGGACUACCUGCCCCCUCCUCCAGACGACUUCCUAGAGCCGCCCCCAGACUUCGUUCCCCCUCCCCCUCCAGGCUAUAGGCUGAACCCGGCAGCGUGCAGGGACAUUCCCCCUGCUAGACCGCCACCCCCUGGGACUUCAGCCAGCCCGGUUCCCGCCCAGAGGAAAAUACCCCCGCCUCCUCCCAAGAGGACGACACCUGUUGCAACAGCAACCUCUGGGGGUAACAUGUCAUAAGUUUCAGACGCUAUGAAGAAACAACAGAAUAGUAUUCGAAAAUGACUGGACGUAU